AUGCCAGUCAGCAAAGAGCGACGUCUACUGCGCACACCAAAGUGCGCCCGCUGUCGCAAUCAUGGCGUCAUCUCGUGCGUCAAGGGCCACAAGAAGCUGUGCCGCUGGCGCGAAUGCUGUUGCCCCAACUGUCAGCUCGUGGUCGAUCGUCAGCGUGUCAUGGCCGCUCAGGUUGCAUUGCGACGCCAACAGACAAUGGAAGCUUUGGAGUUGCGCACCUCGCACAGUUCGACGCCGGAGCCGAAUAGUGAUGAGGAGCUGUUGUGCCCAACGAGUCAGAGUCAGAGUCAGAGUAGUGGGAACAGUUCGAUGGCGGCCACGCGUCAAGCUUUGUUGGCCCAGAAACGCAUCUACAAGCAGCGUCUGCGCAAUCUGCAGCAGUCGACGCUGCACAUAACCGCAGCCAUGGAAGAAUACAAGCAGCGAUUUCCCACGUUCAAUUCACCGCUGUUGGAACGCAUGCGCAAGCGUCGCGCCUUCGCUGAUCCGGAACUGAAUUACGCCAUGGAUACCACGUUACUUGGCAGCACCGCCGCCUAUGCCGCCGCCGUCGCUGCUGCAGCAGCUGUCGCCCAGCAACAACACCACAAGCAACAGCAACAACAACAACAACAGCAAACGGCAUAUCAAUCAAUGCCGCUCUUCACACACACGCCCACAAUAACAACGCCCAGCAGCACAGCGAAGAAGCCCAAGCUGAGUUUCUCCAUCGAAUCGAUAAUUGGUAUCAGCACGUAA